ACCACAUCCAUCUCCAUCCGCAGCCGCAAUCCAGCCGCUCCCAUGACCCUUCGCGCAGGAGCCUGGCAGAGUUGCUAUGACGACCCUGACGAUACAGCCGCAGCACCCAGCCUGAACCCAGCGCAGAAAGACCAUCCUCUGAAGCAGGCUGCAACUCCAUCAUUACAAAGGACAGAUCCUGACCUCGGUGCCCUCAAACCAUCGUAGUCAGCCAGGAACAAUAUGCCUGCUGUAAAAAAAACAAGAACUAGAGAGCCUCUCUGGCAUGAACGGGACCGGAAAGCACAGAAACAUGGAUUAAGACACACAGUUUAUGAUGCAAAUGGAGAUAAGUACACCGGAGAAUGGCAAGACAACUUGAAACAUGGCAAAGGCAUCCAGAAAUGGAAAAGCACUGGAGCUAUUUACAGCGGUGACUGGAAGUUUGGGAAGCGCGAUGGUUAUGGCUCAUACAGCAUUCCUGACCCUGUAACCAAGCAAUACAAGAGGGUGUACACAGGCUGGUGGGAAAACGACCAAAAAUGUGGCUAUGGGCUGAUGAUCUACCCCAAUGGGGAGCGCUAUGAGGGUGAGUGGAGCGCUGAACUGCGGAGUGGCUGGGGACGGAUGAAUUACCUGAAUGGAUCUGUCUAUGAGGGACAAUGGCUCUUGGACAAGCCCCACGGGCAGGGAACGCUGCAUCUACCCAAUGAACAUCGGUACGAAGGAAGCUGGAAAAAUGGAAAAAAGCAUGGCCCAGGGAUAUAUUUCUACUUGGAUAAGGGGCAGCUGUUGGAAGGUAUCUGGAAAUCAGAUAGGCCAAAAUGUGGACUUGUGAUUGACUUCAACAAAGAUGAAGCUCCUGCCCCUACUCAAUAUCCAAUCCCAAAGAUCGAACUGGCUGAUCCAGAUGGUGUUUUAGAAGAAGCCCAGGCAAUGUUUGACGACAGCCAAGAUGAAGAACCGGAUGCUGAAGGAAAAGAAGAAGAUGCAUAAUAAGAACACAAUUAGGAGUGAGUUGCUCAAACAAGCCUCAGAUCCACAGUGUGA